AUGGCCAUGGACAGCGGGGCGUCGACCGCGGUGCAAGUCGCUGUGCGUAUCCGCCCAGAUGCGGUAGGAGACAUGUCGCGCCCGGUGCCGCGGCCGCUGCGCACCGUUGUGGCGCAGACGUCGCCGACGGCACUCGUCGUGGAACCGACGCUCCUCCCCUCCUCGACGCAGCGCGAGACGCGGCACCACUUUACGUUUGACCGGGUGUUUGAGCCAGAGGCUGCGCAGGUGUCUGUGUACAAUGCGAGUGUGGAGCCGCUCGUGCGCCGGUUUCUGGACGGGUACAACACGACGAUUUUUGCCUAUGGCCAGACGUCGAGCGGCAAGUCGUACUCCAUGGGCACGUCCGAAGCCAGCGAGGAGAUCACAGAGGACGAGGCGCUGCAUGGCGAGCUCGACGAGACCAUCGGAAUUAUUCCGCGCGCUGCCGUGCAAAUUUUCGAGAGCCUCAAGAACGACGACGACGCCCAGAGCGAGUACACGCUCCAGGCGUCGUUUCUCGAGCUCUACAAUGAAGAUCUGAUCGACCUGCUUGCCGAUCCAGACGUCGAUGCGCCCAACCAGGUGCAGAUCCGCGAGACGCGCGCGGGCGAGAUCGUCUGGACGGGACUGCGCCAGCGCCAGGCGACGUGCGCGUCGGACGUCGUCGCGCUCCUCCAGAACGGCAUGGCCAUUCGCCAGACGCACGAGACGGAGAUGAACACGCAGUCCUCGCGCUCGCACGCCAUCUUUUCAUUGUCGCUCACGCGGAAACGAAAGGCUGGGCCGGAUCGCGCACGCUCUGCCCUCGGCGGUGCAGCGAGCCCGGAGCGCGCGAUGCAGACGCCCGCGACACCGCUCGCACCGCGCACGCCGCGCUCGGGCCUUCCGACGCUCGGCGCGCGCAGCGCGUUUGGAUUCCAGCGUGCCGCGACGCCCACGCGCCCCAUGACGCCCACGCGUCCUGCCCAGACGCCGCGCCCGCGGCGCAGCGACGAGGAGAUUGUCGUGACGACGAGCAAGCUGCACUUUGUCGACCUGGCCGGCUCGGAGCGUCUGAAGCGUACCGCAGCGACCGGCGACCGCGUGCGCGAAGGCAUCUCGAUCAACUCGGGCCUGCACGCGCUCGGCAACGUGAUUAGCACGCUGAGUGAUCCCGCCAAGGCGCGGCGUGCGACGCACAUUCCCUACCGCGACAGCAAGUUGACGCGACUGCUGCAGGACAGCCUGGGAGGAAAUGCGCACACCCUCAUGAUCGCCUGUAUCUCGAUGCUCGAGGCGAAUGUGAACGAGACGCUGAAUACGCUGCACUAUGCGCAGCGCGCGCGGCACAUCCGCAACACGGUCGAGCGCAACCAGACCGAGGCGGGGUGGGGCAGCGUCGAGUACCUGCAAGCGCAGGUCCUGCGCCUGCGCAAAGAGCUCGAGCUGGUGCGCUCGUCGAACGAGCUGAUUAUGGCCUCGCCCGAGAAGCGCUCGCCGAGUAUGGUGCACUCGGACGCCGAGCAAGAGCUGCUUGCGUGGCAGGAAAAGUACUCGGCACUGAGCCGCAAGAAUGUGCAGCUCACUGCCGAGCUCAUCCACCUCGACCGACAGCAGGCCGCGCAGCGUACCGGCAGCGCGCCCGACUUUUUGGCGUCCGCCGAGCCGGUGAUUGUCGAGUACGAAAAGACGGUCGACUCGCUCGAGGGGCAGCUGAACGUGAUGAAGGCGUCGCUCGCCUCGUCCGAAGAGCUGCUGCUCGAGCGCGAGCGCGCCUUGACCAAGGCCAACGACCGCGCGGUGCACGCCGAGGCGCAGCUCGACGCGCUCCGCCAGACGGUGCGUGAUCUGCACGAGCGCCUCGGCGUGCAAGGCGAGCCAAAACUCGGCCUCGACCAGCCGUCCUCGACGCCGCCCCGCCGUACCAUGAGCAGCGACGGGGAGCGCUCGUUUGGGGGGGUGCUCGACUACUCGCGCGACAGUGCACGGCGGCCGAGCGACGGGCGGCGCUACCGCGUGUCGCUCACGUCGCGUGCGAGUGCGGACGAGACGCCCGAGGGCUCGCCCGCCGGCCUCCAGGCGAGCCGGCCGGACGUGUCGGCGGACAGCGUGCAGCUGCGCACGCAAGACACGAGCGACGACUCGAUGCUCCUCCAGCCGAGCAAAGAUGGGCUCGACAUGGUCGCCGCCGCCGAGCGCGAGCUGCGCCAGCUGAACCUGCUGCUCGAAGCGAGCGCGAGCCCCCCCUCGGACCCCAAGACGGGCGAGAGUAUGAACCGUGUGGGCAAUCUGCUGCACUGGGUGCAGCAGUGCCAGUGCCCCAAUGCGACGCAUGACGGCUUCCCUUGUCGUACGUGUGGCUCGUCGUAG